AAGUAGGCACAUGGUGGUGAUUAUGAUGCAUCUCAUUAUGUGGAGCAUUAUGGUGACAUAACACUCACUCAUAUAUAAUAUCAACCUUUGUGAUGUUGAACGGGAUGAUGAUUUUUCUAUUGAAGUAGCCGCCUCUGAAGGUGCUCUUAUUUUAGCACAAUAGCCAGGCCCACAUCAUGCACGGGUCACACAAUUCUUAUCAGCCAUCAUAUAUACCUCCGUUGAGGUCCCCCCCUUAAAUAUUCAAGGCACAUGAUUUGCAUUUGCAUGCUGCUCUAUAAGAAUGCUUACUAACUACUCAAGAGUGUAUGCACUCGGAUUGAUCAGAGGUCAUUUCAGUCUCCUUCAAACAUGUGCACCAAAAACCCCAAGCAAGGCUUUAACAAAGUGUCCUGGAGUGCUACUGAAGACAGCAUCCUAGCAGAGCAUGUCAGAACUCAUGGAGAAGGAAGGUGGGGGAGGGUUCCCAAAAGAACAGGCCUAAAUCGAUGCCCCAGGAGUUGCCGGCUUCGCUGGUUGAAUUAUCUACGGCCGGACAUCAAGAGGGGAAACAUAUCCAUAGAAGAAGAGGAUCUUAUCAUCAGGCUCCAUAAUCUUUUGGGAAACAGGUGGUCUCUGAUAGCUGGAAGAUUACCCGGUCGAACAGACAACGAAAUCAAGAAUUACUGGAACACAGUCCUGAAGAAGAAGAAGCUAAAGGUUCCCUCAGUUGAAUCCAUGCAUUCAAAUGGAGAGGGCGAUCAGAAGUGCAAGAGUAAAAAGGAGAUUGGAAGUCCACAAUUUGAGUGUCCAACUCUCUUCAAUGAGUCAUCUGCAUGUAAAGAGCAUGACAACAGAACUAGCAAAAGGGAGUACAAAGAAGCAUGGUUAAAUGCAGGAAAGAUACCUGAUGUUUCUUUCUUCUCACUUGAAGAUAGUUAUACAUUUGACCAAUUGAUGGGUUCGGAUAUUGAGCAGAUCGGCUCAAGUUGUGUUUUAGACAUUGAUGACUUGGAGAAAGACCAAAGAAUUUGGGGAAGUGCUUAUUCUCCCAUGUCUUUUGAUGAUAGUUGGGGAAUAUCAGACAAUUGGUUCAGCUGGUUGGGCGAGAACAGCAUGGAGUCAUACAUUCUUCCUCUCUGAGACAGAUAACUGAGUCAUUGCCUCACAAGGUUUGGUUAGUCAUCUGUUCCUCUUAAAAACUGUCAGAUGUCGAAGUAGCUUAAUGCAUAUAAAUUUCCUUACAUUCAGUUUCUAAUAAAAGUGUUCUCAAAUCACUUGAACUGUGCUAUGCACUUGUUGUUCGUGAACAUGUAAAGUUGGGUCAUCUCCAUUUUCUUGACUUGAAACCUGCAGUAAUAGAAUAUUCUACAAAUAUUGAAGGUU